AUGACUUCUUUUCACAUACUGAAUCCUAGGUUCCCAACUCUCAUUUGUUCUUCGAGGGCGAAUUACAACACCUGGUUCCGAAAUCUGAAUAGGAUUAUAAGAAACGCUACCACUUGUAAAAAUGUAUAUCCGGCAACUGCGCGACCGUUUAUGGUGACGUCCAAAGUGAAGGAGACAACAGGGAUCGUAGGCCUUGACGUUGUACCUAACGCGCGUAAACUUUUGGUCAGACUGUACAACAAAACCCUAGAACAGCUCAAGGCGGUGCUUAAGGAAGAAGGCUACCGCAUGGCUGUUGAGAGCUUCACGUGA